AUGUAUUAUGAUGAUUUAAUUAUUUCAUGUUCUAAAGACAAAAUGAUUAGAAUGUUUAAAGUGUCAAAGAAUAAAGUUAUAAGUGAUUUAUCAGUUGAUGAUGAAAUUUAUGAUUUUGACUAUUCUUUUAAUUUAUUAAUUACCGGUUUAAAAAAUUCUAAAGUUAAUUUCUUUUAUUAA